AUGCAGGCAGUCACUUUACUCACCGGGGAAACGCACGCCAACGGCGCCAGGCUCCCUACCUGGAGCAACUCUCGCUCUACGUCGGGAUUGCCAAUAAUCGCAUGCUGUCCCUCGCCUACGCGUCCCGGAAUACCAUUUCCAAACGCGCGCCACCCACCCACCGUCGGUGGCAAGUUCGAUAAGCGCUGUGCGUCCCUCUCCGCGCGCCCUUGUUCCCGAUGCAGGCCGAAAUACAUCCCUCCUGCAGUGCAACCGCUCAGUGCACUUCCCCGCGAAUCACCAACACGGAAUAACUUGAGGUGUGAAGUUGAGACGUCAGGAGUUGGCAUGUGA